AUGGAUUGUAAGGGAGCUUUGGCGGAGAUGGGACGAUGGCGAGAAAGCCUGGAUGAGAUGUUGACUAUGGUAGAAUCAAUCAAACGGAAUACUGAAAACACUGAUUGGGAUGAACGGAUGAAUACUCUGUUGGAUUACAUUGAGCAAUUGGAUCGAGAAGCAACUAUCGAAACUGAAGUAUUAAAGGAGAUACAAAGUCAAGGAAGCGGUGCGGAUGUAGACACAUCGCGAGAUCGCUUCAGGAAACGAAUUGAAGAAAUUGGCUGGGAAGAGCCGAAUAGACAAGGCGAAGCAGCGGAUAAGAUAGAAGCGUUACGAAAAGUUGAGAGGGCGGACUUAAGUAACACGGUCGAGGUAGAGAGAAUUUACUACUCGAAAAAAGAUCCUUACACUAAGCAGGAUAUCAAAGAUCCAGUGCAGAAUAAAAUUUGCAAGCAUGUUUAUGACCGAGAAUCGGUGCUAGCUAAUAUUCGCGAAUGCAAGAAACGACGUCAGAUAUGUCAGUGUCCCGUUUCGGGAUGUCCAAAUAAAAAGCCUCUUAUAAUAUCUGAUAUGGUAGCAUUUUCGAAGUUUUACGACUGUCUUAAAGAUUAA